AUGUUAGUGCUCCAGACACAGGUUGAGUAGAUAAUGGAGCCGAGGUCGAGAAUGUUGAGGUUGGUUCUCCUACUCAACCUCGGAGUACAAUCCUCCAGGGGUUUCUAUGUACCCGGAGUAGCUCCUACAGAUUUCAAGGAAGGGGACAGGAUAGAUGUCAGAGCUGUGAAGAUGACGAGUAGUCAGACUCAGUUACCCUUCGAGUAUUAUUCGUUGGAGUUCUGCAAAGACAAGGAUGUUGUGACCUACUACUCCGAGAACCUCGGACAGAUUCUCCGGGGGGAGAGGAUUGUUAACUCUCCGUAUGAUAUCCGGAUGAACAAGAACUCUGAGUGCUCCGUCCUGUGCACCGACAAGGUGUGGAAGGGUGAUAUGAGUAAGGAGGCUGACUACAGGAUCCAACACGAGUACUUCGUUCAUCUCAUCAUGGAUAACCUACCUUGUGCCACCAGGUUCGAGCUCCCCGACACCCUGGAGGUUCAGUACGAACCUGGAUAUAGGCUGGGGUUCGCUAAGGACGGGAAGAGUUAUCUUAACAAUCAUCUCAAGUUCUCCCUCAGAUAUCACAAGGAUAUUGAGAACAAUCUCUACCGUGUUGUUGGCUUUCUCAUUGAGACACAGAGCUUGGACUCUAGCAGUGUUAAGAUUAACGAUGAUAACACUUGCUCAAUAUCGGAGCCACAACCACAGCAAAUCCUUCCUGACGGAGAGAACAAAAUUUACUUCACAUAUUCGGUAUCCUGGAAGGAGUCUGAUGUAAAGUGGGCCUCCAGGUGGGAUAUAUACCUAGAGAUGGCAGAUACUCAGAUCCACUGGUUCUCCAUCAUCAACAGCGUGGUCGUGGUCUUCUUCCUCUCCGGUAUAAUCACCAUGAUCAUCAUCAGAACUCUCAGGAGGGAUAUUGCUAAGUACAACCUAGCAGACGAAGAGUUGGAGGAAAGUAUUGAGGAAACUGGAUGGAAACUUGUUCACGGAGAUGUGUUCAGACCACCCUACUCUAACAGACUGUUUGCUGCUGUGAUUGGUUCUGGUAUCCAGAUAUUCCUGAUGCUCGCUAUCACGAUAUUCUUCGCUAUGCUCGGGAUGUUGAGCCCUGCCUCGAGGGGAGCUCUUCUCACCGCGGCGAUAUUCCUUUACGAGUUCAUGGGACUUGUUGCAGGAUAUUACUCGGGCAGAUUGUACAAAACUAUCAAGGGGAAAGAAUGGAAGGCUGCUGCCCUGCUGACCGCUACCCUGUAUCCUGGAAUAGUACUUGGUGUCGGAGUUUUCAUCAACUUCUUCAUCUGGAGCAAACACUCAAGUGGAGCAAUACCCUUCACCACCAUGCUUAGUGUCGGCUCCAUGUGGUUCUGCAUCUCCCUACCUCUGGUCUUCCUUGGAUAUUUCUUCGGAUACAGAAAACAACCCUACGAACAUCCAGUCAGGACUAACCAGAUACCAAGACAGGUUCCCACUCAAGUAUGGUACAUGCACCCAGUGGUCUGCACCCUCAUGGCUGGAAUCCUUCCGUUCGGAGCCUGCUUCAUUGAACUCUUCUUCAUCUUCUCCGCGAUCUAUGAGAACCAGUUCUACUACCUCUUCGGGUUCCUGUUCCUCGUGUUUGUCAUCCUUGCGAUCUCCUGCUCACAGAUCUCGAUCGUGAUGGUUUAUUUCCAGCUCUGCGGAGAGGAUUAUCGUUGGUGGUGGAGAUCGUUCAUCGUAUCUGGAGGAUCUGCCGUGUACGUUGCCGCGUACAGUAUCUUCUACUUCUUCACUAAACUGGAGAUAGACGAGUUCGUUCCAACCCUUCUUUAUUUCUCAUACACAAUCAUCAUGGUUAUCACUUUCUGGCUACUGACAGGGACAAUUGGAUUCUACGCAGCUUACAUCUUUAUCAGAAAAAUAUACGCCGCAGUCAAGAUUGAUUGAUCGAUUGAGUAAAACUAAGGACGUUAACCCUGAUUUUUGUGUUGAUGUGAUAUUUUCUGAAAACGUUGUAACCAGAAAAAGGGAAAGUUUUCGAAUUUCGUCAAGUGUUUGCUCUUGUCAACACCAUUUCCUUCAUAUCUAACUUCUUUUUACCUGGACUCACUUUUGAAAUUCCGGAACUGUCCCUUUUAAAUAAAUAAUAUUGUAACACUGUGAUCUAUCAUGAAAGUUCUCGAUCUAAUUAUCAAUAUGUUAGAUUAUUUAUGAUUUCUGUAUUUCCUGUUAGGUUUGAUGUUGCUGAAUUUGCUCCUUUAUUUUAAUAAAUGACUGUUUUAUUAUA